GCUUAUGUGAUGGAAGGAAUUAGUUGAGUCUGAGCCGUGGACUCGUAUUGAUUCGAAGAUGAGAAUAUUACAGGUGUUCGGAGUUUUUAUUAUUCUUUGGCGGAAUCAAUACACUGUUUUUUCAACGAAUCUUGAUGUGUUGUUCGCUUCGGAUUUGGAAAAUCCUACGCAGGACACCGUAUUUAGAGGAUGCAAACCUUUGACAAAUGGAACACCGCUUUUGCGUCUUGGAAAAUAUCUUUUUUGCGAUUACGAUACCGCCGUUCGACCGAAUCAUCACAAAAACGUCACCAACGUCACUCUGAAAAUGAUACCAAAAAUAAUGGAAUUUGACGAGAGAGGUAUAAUAACGCUUCAUACCUGGGUGUCGUUGUCGUGGACUGACGCGCACUUUACAUGGACGCCGAGCGAUUUCGAUGGAGUUACGUAUCUUCAUGUGAAAAAUUAUCAUAUCUGGGUACCCGAUUUGAAUGUUUACAACUCCGGUGAUAUGUCGAACGAUCUGUUCGAAUUACCUAUGACAGAUUGUUUGCUUUACAAUACGGGCGUUGUUAAUUGCGUGCCAGCUAUAAAAUUUGUAUCUAAAUGCGAUGUCGAUUACACUUAUUGGCCUUACGAUCAGCAGAAGUGUCGUAUUGUACUCGGCUCGUGGUCGCAUACAGGAGAGGAAAUCGAUUUCCAUUUAGACGGAGAUGGAAUUUCGAUGAACACCUACGAAAAUAAUACAGCGUGGGACUUGAAGUUUGUAAGCGCGAUGAGACGUGUAAUAACAUUUAAAUGCUGUCCGAAUAAUACUUUUCCGCAAGUCAAUUACAACUUCUUGCUAACUCGGCAUUACGGAAUAACUCGUAGCACCCUUGUCACACCGACAAUCGCUUUAGUAGUGCUUACUUUAACUGUGCUUUGGCUUGAUUCGAGAUCGGUCGAACGAAUAGCCGUUGCGAGUUCGAAUUUUAUUUGCCAUAUGCUCUGCAUCAUGAAUUUGCACUGGCAGUUACCGUACAAUAGCGUCAAUACGCCCAACAUAAUGUUGUUUUAUCGCGAAUCUUUGGCAUUGGCUACUUUUGCUUUAAUUCUGACGGCCUUGUUGCGAAAACUACAAAACAUGAGCGCAAAAGUACCAAGUUGGAUCUCGUACGUGACAACGUUUGUCUUGAACAAUAAGGCAGGUCGUUUUCUAAUUCUAAACAAUGAGGAAUCCAAGAUACCGGACGGAGAUUUAGCGACCGAAGAAACCUCGGAUAAUUCAAAAUUCGCAAAAUCGGCUUCUUGGAGACAUUUCGCUGUUAUCGUUGAAUGGACAUCGUUUUUUUGCGUGAUUCUCACUUACGUCGUCAUUUUGAUUAUCCUCGUACCCACGGUAUCGUCCGGUCUGCGUGUAACAAUUGCACAGAAGAAUUCAUCGCCUAAGCGAUUUAGUCGUUGGAGAAUCGUUCGACUCUCUUUGUAUACGUUCAGAAUGAGUAAACCCGACAGUUUUCUCGUCUUAAUAUUUAUUCUCGAUAUUGCAUUCGGUGAUGCAACAACUAAUUGUAAUAAUAUCGAGAGCAAGUCAACUGUGCUGCAACUGAAGAGACACCUUCUUUGCGAAUACGAUUCUGACGUAAGACCCGUCAAGAGCAAUAAUAAUGUGACACGUGUAACUUUUCGAUUAACGCCGCAUUUCAUCGAAUACAGUAAUGAGGACGAAAUCUUUGAAUUACACGCGUGGAUAGGAAUGUGGUGGUAUGAUUCGCAUUUGACAUGGAAUACAGAGCAAUACGAUAAUAUCCAAUGGAUACCCGUAAAAUGGUACGAAAUUUGGGUACCGGAUGUUAUGCUGCAUAACGAAUGGAGCGAACAAAGAUCGGAAAUAAGUUACAAUCAAGCGAAUUACUGGGUUUGGUAUAACGGGAUGAUUCAGUGGUUAAAUCCAGUAAAAUUUUCCACAUUUUGCGUCCCAGAUAAUACAUGGUAUCCGUACAGCCUUAUGAACUGCACCAUACAAUUAGGCUCGUGGUCACAUUCCAGUGACGAGAUUGAACUCAUUCCUUAUGAGAAUAAAACUUUAGAUACAAAUAUAGAAGCAAAACACCCUGAAUGGGAUUUACUGAAAGUUUCUGUAUCAACAUGGGAGAACAAAUACAAAUACAAUUCGGGUUCUACCGCAAAAAUGCUCUCUUAUCACUUUAUUGUAAGAAGACACGCGGAUGUAAUACGCGUCACGUAUAUGUUACCUGUUAUAAUGUUAAUGGUGAUGACUCUAACAGCGCUGUGGCUAGAAUCGAAAUCCUAUGAGCGCAUGAUUAUUGUUAAUCUCAACUUUAUUUGUCACUUAUUGUGCAUACAAGACAUAUAUUGGGAACUACCGAAAAGCGGAUUUAACACUCCUAAAUUGAUUAUUUUUUACGAGAGUUCUCUUGCAAUAGCAACAUUUACUCUCGUUUUAACGAGCAUCUUGCGACAUCUGCAAGAACUCGACAGUGAACCACCUAUGUGGAUUUCAACUAUUACAACGUCAAUCUUGCGCAGCAGAGCCGGACAGAUCCUUUCAGUUAGUAUUCUAGAUCCGGCUGCGACGGCCAAGAUAGAAGUCGAUGCGGAUGACAACACCGAUCUCAUGCAGUCAAACAACAAAAGAGCGUCGUGGAAAUACGUUACCGUGCUUGUAGGAUGGUUAGCGUUUUUCAGUGUAUUUCUCGCGUAUAUCGUGUUACUGGGUACAUGUUUUCCUACGUACAACUCUGCGUCGAUGUCUUGAAUUCUCUCUCUUCUUAUUCUCUCUCUAGUAUAUAUGUGUAUUUUUUUUUUGUGUACAUGCAGCAUACAAUAAGAUUUACAGUAUACGAUAAGAUAGUUUAGAUAACUUUGAUGGAAAUAGUUUACUAAAAUUAUAAAGAACUUAUUUGAAAUAUUGUUGAAAGACUUACUACACUUUAUAUCAAGUAACCUAUUUUCGUUAUAAUUUUGUCACAAUUUCAAUACAAUUGAAAAAUCUUUAUCAAAAUUUAUUAUUAAUACUUUUAUCUUGAUG